AUGGGUAGAUCAGAAAGUGAUCCACUUCUCGAAUUUAUGUAUCCAGGCCAUGGAAGUUCAUCAAUAUUGGAUAUAGGUCAAGGUGAAAAUGGUAUUGUUGGAAGCAGUAGUAAUGGAAAUAAUAGUUUUAAUAGUUUAACAUAUCAAAAUAUUUCAGAAAAUAGUCCAUUAAUUAGAAAUAAUAAUAGCGCGAAUAGUUUGGUCGACCAUAAUUAUAAUAGUCCUUUAUCAUCAACAUCUAGUUCAUGUGGCAAGAGUGAAAUAUUGGUUGGUACAACUAAUGAGAAAAUGGAUUUAACAGGAACUGAAGAGGCAAAGGUUAAAAAAAUUGGUGGUUCUGGUGAGCACAAAAUAGGCCAGUUGUUUGCAACAGCAAUUUGCGGUAAUGAUAUUACUUCAAGUAUUUUUUAUACAGCAAGUUCAUGUACAUUAAGUGCUGGUAAAUAUGCUCCGAUCUCAUUAAGUAUAGUUUGUUUAGUAUUAUAUUUAUUUAGAAAAAUAUAUGGUGAGGUUGGGUCAGCAUUACCAUUAAAUGGAGGAGCCUAUAAUGUUUUAUUAAAUACAACUUCAAAGCAAUUUGCAUCAGUAGCAGCAGCAUUAACUAUGAUAUCAUAUGUUGCAACAGCUGUAGUUAGUGGGUCAUCAGCCAUGGGAUAUUUACAUAGUCUUUGGGAAGGUUUGGAUGUUUUUUGGGCAACUAUUAUAUUAUUAGGUUUCUUUGCUUUAUUAAAUUUAAUGGGUAUCACAGAGUCGGCAGUUGUAGCAUUUAUUAUUUUUGUUAUUCAUAUGGUAACUCUAUGCAUAUUAGUAUUUGGUGGUUUUGGUUUAUAUUUUUAUAAACAUGACUGGACUAUUUUGAUUAAUAACUAUCAAGAUGUUAACCCAGAUAUACCAAUAGGUCCAGAUCAAUUACCAUGCGAUAGACAGUUUUAUUGGGGUCAAGAUUUUGCAUAUUGCAUUUAUUUCGGUUUCGGUUCUGCAAUGUUGGGUGUUACCGGUUUUGAAACUUCAUCAAAUUUUAUUGAACAACAAAAAAAAGGUGUUUUUCCAAAAACUCUUAGAAAUAUGUGGGCAAUUGUUACAUUCUUCAAUCCAUUAAUUGGUGUUUUGGCUCUUUGUUAUUUACCAACUUGUAGCAUUGCAAAUGCAAAUAGUGAUGUUUUAGCACAAUUAGCCGAUAGGAUUUUUGGAAAAUGGUUCCAUUAUUGGAUUAUUAUCGAUGCUGUUUUAGUUUUAUCAGGCUCAGUACUUACCAGUUAUGUUGGUUUCGUUGGUUUGGUUCGUCGUAUGGCUUUGGAUCGUUGUUUACCACAGUUCCUCAUCAAUGUUAAUCCACUCAGAAAAACAUGCCAUUGGAUCAUUAUCCUAUUCUUUUUAAUUUGCUCUUCAUUGUUUGCAAUUGUAAAGGGUCAGACUAGUACAUUGGAGGGUGUUUAUGCUGUUUCUUUUCUUGGUGUUAUGGGCCUCUUUGCAAUAGGUAAUAUGUUAUUAAAAUACAAGCGUUCAUCACUCCGAAGAGAAAUUAAAUCACCAUGGAUAGGUGUGUUGUUGGGCUUAGUAGCAGUGUUUUUAGGUUUAAUAGCAAACAUUAUUAGAAAUACCUCAAUUAUGUUUUACUUUGGAAUAUAUUUCUCUAUAACAAUAUUUGUUAUUAUGGUUAUGUUUACUCGUGCCCGUUUAUUAAAGGUUGUUUUAUUCUUUUCACAAAUUGUAAUUUGGUGGUCUCCUCAAUUAAAAGCAAGAGUAGCUAGAUCAAUCGGUGACUCAAUCAAAAAAAUCAACUCACAACCAAUAGUUUUCUUUGCCGCUAAAGAUGAUACUGCUUACUUAAAUAAAGCCAUUCUUUAUAUACGUGAUAACGAACAAACAAACUGGGUCAAAAUUAUCCAUUGCUAUGAUGAUCAAGGUGAGUCGAUAGAUAAUUUCUCACAGAAUGUCGAGUUUUUAGAUGGUUGCUAUCCAAAAAUUCGAAUAGAUUUUAUCAAAGUUUUUGCAGAUUUCACACCAUCAACAGUUGAAAAAAUAUCAAUUAUACUUGGGGUUCCAAAGAAUUUUAUGUUUAUAGCAUGUCCAAAAGAACAUACAGGAUCAAUGGUUAUACCUUUAUCUUUAGGUGAUUUCGGUGGUGUACGUUGUAUUACCCAUUAA